ACCCUAAACUCAAAAACCACGUAAAUAAGUGGACCCCCACAAAUCCCCUUGAUAGGAGGCUAUAUAAACCACUCUCCUUCUUCCUUUUUCCGUACUAAUUCUUCUUCUCUAUAUACUAAAUUCCUUAUGUUUUUCAACUAGCGCAGAAGGAAAACAGUGACGCAACAGUGAUGGUGUCGGUUUCCCCAGACAAGGUGCAUUAUAGCGGUGUGAGGAAGAUGCCAUGGGAGAGGACGAGAAAAGAUCAUGAUAUAUUUUAUUCAAGUCAAACGAAUGUGCCGUGUUGUGAUCUUUUCUCAUAUCUCCUAACGACAGGAAAACAUAUAGAAGUGCCAACAAAAUGUGGAACUCAUAGCUGCAUAAAAGAUCAGGGACAGAGAAGGUGGCAUGGCUGCAAAACACCAGUUGCCUGCGAAAGAGAAGAACUCAAAUCACCAAGCAAUUCAGUUAUUUGCCAAGAAUAUAUAUGGAAGGAAAACAGUGACGCAGCAGUGAUGGUUGUGGUUUCCCCAGAUAAGGUGCAUUAUAGCGGUGUGAGGUAGAUGCCAUGGGAGAGGUACAUAACUAAGAUCAGAGAUCUCGGCUAACACGUGUCUCGCUCGGACUUUGAUACGCCGAAGGAAGCUGCUUGGGUCUAUGAUAUGGCUAUGUGGCUCUUACGGGGCCACAGGCCCGUAAAUAAUUUUCUUCAGACAACUAAGGAUGACCUCAAAAAUGCUAACGGCGGCGGCGCUAACAACGGCAAUGGGUGUGAGGUCCAGAGUCAGCCAGAGCCUCUCAAUCUUGAGCUUUCCCUUGCAUUUCCAAGGAGCAUGUGCAACUGCCGACAUUUGUUAUCCAGUAUUGCAUCACAUUUCUCAAAUCCCUUUUUCUUUUAAUUUUAUAAGAACUAGCUUAAUUUUCAUUUUGUUGCUCUGUGAUUUAAAAAAAAAAAAAGCUGGAGCUCUUCCUUUUUUUUUUUUUUUUGGAACAGGAAGAAAAAAGAUCAUGAUAUAUUUUAUACCUGUCAUAGGAAUGUGCCAUGUUGUGAUCUUUCCUCAUAUCUCCUAACGACAGGAAAAGAUGUAGAAGUAAUGUUAAUUUAGAAAUUUUUGUCUUCUUCAUUGUAUUAUUUUUCUGUCUUUGUUUUCUUUCCAAAAUUUUGUUGGAUGAGUUUUUGUUUGGUUGUAAAUGGCUCAAUACAUAUAUUGCCCCUUAAACUUGCUCCUGCAUGAGCCGAGGAUCUAUCGGAA